CGUUGGUGUAGUUUUUAGGAUGUGUCAUACGGUGUUGUUUCAUUUUGCAGAGAUUAACGUUAGUACUUGUAACUAAAAAAUACCACGAUGGAAAACAUUAAAAUGAAAAUAGCAAAGCUAAAGGCUGAAAGCGAUGAAAAAGAAAAUCAAAUAUGUGACCUCUCCGACCAACUUAAAAAAGUAACAGAGGAACGAAAACAGUUUGAAGAAGUCAAUCGCAGUUUAUCCAACAAAAUAUCCACUAACGACACCGAUAUUGAACGGUUAGAGUUACAAAAUGAGGAACUGAAACGAAAGAGUGAAAAUGCCGAACGCGAGUUAGACGAAGUACAACGUGAACUUAAAAAAUUGCAAUCCGAACAUACUGCAUCUGCUGAGCGGUGCGAUGACCUAACUGAGGAGCUAAAACUCCGGAAGAUGGACUUAGACGAAGUUACGACAAAUUACGACGAUGCUAUGCGCAGAAUAAAAGUGCUCGAUGGAGAUAACUGUAGGCUGGACGACAAAGUCCAAGCCUUAGAAGACGAAGCUAAACAACUCCGUGAGAGUGGACAAGACAUGGAUGGGAUUCUGAAAGCGCUGGAAGCAAAAGAAACUACCUACGGUAAUAACGAAAUCCAAGCUGAAGACCAAAUUCGAUCCCUAAAAAUGGCGCUUGAAGAAAGCGAAUGCAGACGGGAAGCGCUCGAAAACGAAGCGAAAAAAUAUCAGGCCGACAUUGAAAAGUUGGAACUGGAUCUUGACAAGGAAAUGGCCGAGAAAGAAGAGGCAAAAGCAGAGUUGGACCGAGUUCUGAGCGAGCUCGGAGAAAUGUAAGAAAUAUUUUCGAAGAUUGCAGUAUUAUCAGCGUUCGUCGGAUUUCUGUAGCUAUAUAUUAAAAGAAUCAACCUACAAACUGUCUCGCGGUGACGCCACCAACAGCAUUUCGCGCUAAUGUUAGUUGCCCUCCAGUAUGGACGAUAUACAGAAUUAGCAUGUGAUGCAUUUUUAUCUUUGUAUAUAUUGGCAAUUGCUUUUUGCAGCCGUGCCUUUUUUCACAUGUAUAUUAUUGAAAUACUAAACCAUAUUAUUGUAAUAAACAAGACGAAAAAGGGGCCUUAUACUUAUAUCAGUCAUUUAACAAGCGUCGACUAAAUAAUUAUUACAAAUCUAUACAAUUU